ACUGACUCCACCCAUUCCUGUUAAAACAGGAAAUAGAGAAUAAAUGAUGGAAGCCAAAGCAGGGAAUUUUAACGUUUAAAAGGGACAUAAAAGGGAGCCAGUAUACGGUUGCUAUGGAGAUCGCCCCGGAAGACAUAGGGAUUCAGGAUACCUUGGGGGCAGAGGUGGAGGUACUGGAGGACGUGAUCAAAGCCCACAAGCAGAGUCCACCGGAGAUCCCCAGUUUUUCUGUGCCACGCCCGUUCUCCAUGCCAGAGGACUCGAGUGACGAUGACUGUGACCUGUCAGGGGACAGCGUCUCUGCUUACGGCAUGCAUUCCAUGGAGCUGGGGGGAAAGUGCUGGGAAUGUGGCGUGCAAUUCAAAUCUGGCCAGGAGUUGAUCGAACACUUUGAGAGCCACGGGUCCAAGGUCUCAACAUCCUGCAACAUAUGUCAGGUGACUUUCAGUCGCACAAUAUCACUGGCUAAGCACCUAGUCAACGCACACCCAAACUCAGUCCUCCAUUGCAGCAACUGCCAGCUGCAUUUCAGCAACUUGUGGGAUCUCAACAAGCACAUAGGAAUACACUUGUUCACUGAGUUGUUAAAUACACCCCUUGGGUACAUCUCAAAUAAUGUCUUGAAUAGCAGUGAAGAGACUUUAAAGGGACAGCAUACUCUACCUUCAGCCUUGGCCGUCAAACAUGAUGACAACUCAAAUGAUGGCUUGAAUGGAAGUGAGGAGACUUUAAAGGGACAGCAUACUGUUCCUUCAGUGGUGGCUCUUGACCAUGAGGACACCUCAAAUGAUGGCUUGAAUGGAAGUGAAGAGACUUUAAAGGGACAGCAUACUGUUCCUUCAGUGGUGGCUCUUGACCAUGAGGACACCUCAAAUGAUGGCUUGAAUGGAAUUGAGGAGACUUUAAAUGCACAGUGUACUCCACCUGCAGCGGUGACCCUAGACCAUACAUACAGAAUGGAAAGCAAUGGGAGAGUGUCAAAGACAACACAUAGGCUGGAGGAAUCAGAGGAGGGGGAAGAUGUCAAACCAGACCCCUCCACUCUGACUCCCUCACUGAGGAUCUGUGUGAAACUGGAGAGAGGGGUUGAGGUUGAUUGCGCCCCCCUCCAGUGGGAUGAGGGGAUGAACGAUGGAGAGGGGAGUGAAUAUAGCGAAGACACUGAGAGCGCUGGAGGAACAGACAACGACAAGUUAACAGAGAGCAGCGGAGAAACUGAUAUCGAUGAGGAGGACAUCAUGCUGAGUGAAGAAGAGGAGGAGGAAAUUAAAAGCAAACAGGGGGAGGAUAGAAAUAAUAAAAUCCACAGCGAGGAUGAGGAUGCUGAGACGCUUAUUGACCAAGAGGGUGAGCCUUCCUCGUCUGAGCGAGAGUCAGAAUUUGACCCAGAAGAGUUAUCAGAUUCUGACUCGAGGUCCAGCAGCACUGGGGAAUCCAGUGGGUCUUCUUACACUCCUGUGCGCACACGGAAAGCCAAGACCCGGCCAUCCCGGACUAAGCAGCCCCUGACCAAGUUGUCCCAGGUCAAGCCUUAUUAUUGCAUCUAUUGUGCCAAAGGACCGUAUCAUAAUAUGGAAUUUCAUGUGAAGACCUGCAAUAUGAAGAAGGACUUUCAGUGCUCUUUAUGCCAAGCAGUCUUCCCUACCGAGAUGGCCAUGUUGGACCAUCAGGUUCGGACUCACUCUGAAGCCAUAUCGGGCCAAAUGUACGCCUGUGAGUUCUGCCGCCAGGUCUUCCCCGAUCUGGCCAUCUACAAAAACCACAACUGUCCCAAAAAAGACACACCCCCGCCAUAUGUCCCUGAUCCCACUACGUGUAUCUAUUGUGGAACAGGGCCAUUCACUAAUAUGGACGUCCAUUUGAGAGGCUGCAGUUGGAAAGGUCUUACAUGCACUGAGUGCAGGGUACUCUUCCAUAAUAGGAAGGCCCUGCAAAACCAUAACGUUUCAGUUCACGGACAGCUUUCCACUAUGUGUGCGGUUUGCGGCAGAGGGCCAUUCACUGAUAUGGACUUCCAUUUGAGGAGCUGCUCUAGGGAUUGGUCCUUCCAAUGCUCUGAGUGCAAAGUCCAAUUUCCUUCUGAGAAAUCUCUGGUGGACCAUAAUCUUAAAUAUCACAGUGCCACAUCAAAGACCUCUGACCAAGGUGUCUGUGUUUAUUGCGGCUGUGGACCAUUCACUAGUCUGGACAUUCACAUGAGGACCUGCUCUAAGCAGAAGGGCUUAAAAUGCUCUGUGUGCAAAGUUUUCUUUCCUACUGAAUCGGUCCUGGCUGAUCAUAUGGUUUGCUAUCAUAGCACCCCAUACCAUGUCCAUAGAACCCCAUACCAAGUCCAGAGCACGGACUCCGAGACCGCUGAAGGUACCUGUCUCUAUUGUGGCAGAGGUCCAUUCACUAGUCUGGACAUUCACAUGAGGACCUGCUCUGGGAAGAAGGGCUUCAAAUGCUUUGAAGCCCUUCCUACAGAGACAGCCCUGGCCGACCAUAAGGUUCUCGUUCACAGUAUCCCAUCAGAGACCCCUGACAAAGGUACCUGUGACCAUUGUGGCAAGGGGCCAUUCACUAAUCUGGACAACCACAUGAAGACCUGCUCUAAGAGGAAGUGCAUCCAAUGUUCUGUGUGCAAGUUGUUCUUUACUAGUGAUGUCCUGGCCAACCAUAUGAUUUCCUAUCACAGUACCAAAUCCCGAGUUCAGAGCCCAGUCACAGAGACGCCUGACAACGGUGCCUGUGUCCGUUGCGGCAGAGGGCCCUUCACUAGUCUGGAACAUCACAUGAAGUACUGCAAUAAGCAGAAGGGCAUCCAAUGUGUUAUGUGUAAAGCUUACUUUCUUACUGAGGGCAGUCUGGUGGACCAUAUAGUUUUGGCCCACGCUGACAAGCUGGUCACCCAAGCUGGUGGGUCCUCCGCUACGACUUUCUCCUUCGUACCCAUGGCUAUCUCUACCACCUCAGGCCGGCAGAGCCCCAGUAGCUCCACCCUGAUGUGUUGCAGUAGUGGCAUCAAGGAGCUGAAACGACUGGCCCCAGUCCCAGUGUCUGAUCAGGGCCACUGUGCAGUUGGCCAGCUAACACCUGCUGGACAGUCUGUGUCUCUGCCUAGAGUAAUGCUGUCUACCACCUCCUCUUCCCAGCCAGCUGUUCCUGUGGUGGCCACCUUGCUCAUUGACAACACUGGUGGUGGUCCAGCGAAAAUUACCAGGCUGGUCCCAGUUGCCCCACAGACCAACCCCCCCAAAACGCAGGUCACAGCACCCACGCAUACUAAUACAGCAAAGCCCCUUGGGCAGUUCUCUAACCUUCUGCAACAGACUGUCCAUCAGGCAAAAUCUGUCCAACAGCAGACACCCAGGCCCAUUGCCCUAGCCAUGGACCCUAUCAGAUCCCCCACCACCCCAUCCCCUAGACCUGUCUCAGCCUCUGCCCCGGGGCAAAUCACCAUGAUCCACCUCUCACCUGUCCAUACCCCCCCUCUAGCGCAGUCUUCCCCCCUUACCCUUGCCUUUGCCCCAGCCCCUCUAAGCAUCAUGUGUAUGUUUGUGAAUAGAAGUAAGGAGCUGGCCCUGGAGAAACGCAUGAAGAUGAGCUGGCGCUCCAAGUGCACCUACACCUGCCGCCAGUGCGGCGCCGUCUCGCAGCAGCCCUCGCUCAGUGUGAAGCACCGCUACCUCCACCGGGGCUCCCGGCGGUACCGCUGCCACUGUGGUAGGUCGUUCCUGCGGCGGCUGCACCUCCUGCGCCACUACCUCCAGCACGCCCAGGCCACCCGCUACAUAUGCACUGCCUGCGGGGAGACCUUCGACGGAGCAAAGUGCCUCGCACAGCACAUGGUUGGAACUUCCAACACGACUCGAUGUCCAGGUGACAGCAUAACUUUGAAGCUGAGGAAAGAGUGCCGGAUGCCCUUCUCCUGUCACUGUGGGCAGGUGUUUUGUAGGCCCGCUGCUUUUCUCUGGCACAAACUGAAAAACACCCAAAGGACUUAACACUGAAAUGGGCCCACAGCAGGGCCCAGUCUAGGCCCUAUUCAAAGCAGUGGUUUUUCCAUGUCUCACACAGACAGGCAAGCCUAUCAUUUACUAUGUUACGGGUAGAGGAGGACAAUGCAGUUUGUGGACUUGCUUUACUUUUUUCACUGAAUGAAAGAUGAUUCCUUAAGAAAUAAUCUAUGUAUGUAUUGGUUUAAAAUGUGUUUUCACUUCCACUAAAACAUUGUUUUCACCAAAAGAGCAAAAAUACAAUCAUAUUAAAAAAUUAUAUAUUUUA